CACAAAGGCCCAAGUUUUUUAAAUGCCGAGUUAUGUCGACUUUAUGUACAAGCUGAUUAGCGGAAUCCCUGUUGGAAAAAAAAAUACAUUCGACAUCAGGAAGUAGAUUCAGGAAGUUGUUGCGUUUGUUUGAGUGACAGCUGAGCGCGGGUGACAGCCCACACGGGAGGGACGGCAGCCCGCAGAGCAACAUGGCAGGUCUAUCGUUAUAUUUCGAAGAUGGCCAUGACGACGUAGAUGAUUUUGGAUUUGACGAUUAUGGUUCUGAGUGCGACGGCAUCCGCAUCACAGCCUUCCUUGACGCGGGACAGGACAACUUAACGCCGCUCGGGAGGCUAGAGAAAUACGCCUUCAGUGAGAAUGUGUUCAACAGGCAGAUUGUUGCUCGCGGGCUACUCGAUGUGCUCCGCGAGUUCAGCGAUAACGAAAAUGACUUCAUCAGUGUCAUGGAGACAGUGGCCAGAAUGUCAGAAGACGGAGAGCCAACCGUGCGAGCCGAGCUGAUGGAGCAGGUGCCCAACAUUGCCAUGUUUCUACACGAAAGUCGGCCCAACUUCCCCGCUGCUUUCUCCAGAUACUUAGUACCCAUCGUAGUCCGGUAUCUAACAGAUCCGAACAACCAGGUGCGAAAGACCAGCCAAGCGGCGCUGCUGGUGCUCCUGGAGCAAGGCCUCAUCUCCAAGGCUGACAUGGAGUCCAAAGUUUGCCCGGUUCUGCUGGACCUCACAGAACCCAGCAGCGACGAUGAUUACAAGAUCGAAGCUGUUGCUAUCUUGUGCAAAGUAGUGACCAUGCUGAGCAAAGACACAGUAGAGCAUCUCUUGCUGCCACGCUUCUGCGACCUUUGCAGCGACACCAGACUUUUUCAAGUGCGCAAGGUCUGUGCUGCCAAUUUCGGAGAGUUCUGUUCAAUUGUGGGACAGGAGGCCACAGAGAAACUACUGAUUCCCAAGUUCUUCGACCUGUGCUCAGACACCCUUUGGGGCAUCAGGAAAGCGUGUGCCGAGUGCUUCAUGAUGGUGUCCAACUCCACCUCUCCUGAGGUGCGACGUGCAAAGUUGUCCCCUCUCUUCAUCAGCCUCAUUAGCGACCAGUCCCGCUGGGCGCGGCAAGCUGCUUUUCAGUCGCUGGGCCGUUUCAUCUCCACCUUUGCCAACCCAACUGGCGCGGGCCUCCACUUCAGAGAUGACGGAGGGUUGCUUGAUGUUUCCAGGUUCUCGUCAGACAGUGACUGCUCCUUGAACUCCCUCAACUGCUCAGGCAUCGGCGGCUGUCAUACAGAAAGAACCAUUACUCACACGCCACCCAACCAAGAUGGCCGUGCCACGCCGUCCCCAGAGCACGUGCCGGCAGCCGACGAAAUGAAUUACGACGACAACCACAGUUUAGCUCACGGAGAGGGGCUCGACAGCUUCGUGUACGCCGGCGGCAACGGCAACGGCAACAACGCCAGGAACGCCAAGGAGACAACGCAGACAGAUGAGAAUUUUAACUCUUUCCACUUCUGGAGGUCUCCUCUACCAGACAUCAGCGGCGAGCUGGAGCUGCUUACUUGUCACAAAGGGGAUGGGAUGGCGAAAGAGAAGAGGAAAGAGGAGAAGAAGCAAGCAGAGGACCAGAGGAGAAGUUUGGAUUCCAGAGCCAGCCCUGCUAAAACUACCAGCGACCAAAUCAAGAUGGUCUUAGACUGUUUGCAGCCGCACAUGGAUGACCCAGAUGUUCAGGCCCAAGUUCAGGUAUUGUCAGCCGCUCUAAAGGCCGCUGAACUCGACAGCCCGUCCGACCGCAGUCCCACAGAAAGCCUGCUGGCGCCCCCCCCAGACGCCGAUGUCAGUAGCCCGCCAAUCGACAGUAAAUCCGUGGAGGUGCAGUCAGAGGACAGAGAAAGUCUCGCUGAAGACGAGCAGACGACAGAAAGCCUCUCAACCAACGAGUCGUGUCCGGUACAGGAGCAAGGAGACGAGGAGACACAGACGGAACCCCUCGAGGAUCCGGAAGAAUCUUCACCUGACUCAUCUGUUCUGGUGUCUGAACUCAUUGAGAGUGUGGAAGAAGAGGGAAAGGAUGAUUCUGUGUUUGAAGAUAAGCCGAAGAUCCAGCAGAAUGUUAUCCCCCAGCAGCUGUUGGAUCAGUACCUCUCCAUGACUGAUCCCACACGGGCCCAGACGGUGGACACUGAGAUAGCCAAGCACUGUGCCUUCAGCCUGCCGGGAGUGGCGCUCACUCUGGGCCGACAGAACUGGCACUGCCUCAAAGACACCUACGAGACGUUGGCGACCGAUGUCCAGUGGAAAGUGCGCCGGACCCUGGCUUUCUCAAUCCACGAGCUGGCGGUCAUCCUAGGAGACCAGCUGACGGCGGCGGAUCUCGUGCCCAUCUUCAACGGCUUCCUCAAAGACCUGGACGAGGUCCGAAUUGGCGUGCUCAAGCACCUCUACGACUUCCUCAAGCUCCUCCACGCAGAAAAGAGGAGAGAAUACUUGUACCAGCUGCAGGAGUUCAUGGUGACGGACAACAGUCGCAACUGGAGGUUCCGAUACGAGUUGGCAGAGCAGCUUAUCUUGAUCAUCGAGUUGUACAGCCACUAUGACGUGUACGACUACCUCAGGCAGAUCGCGCUCACGCUCUGCUCCGACAAGGUCUCCGAAGUCAGGUGGAUCUCCUACAAGCUGGUUGUGGAGAUCCUGCAGAAGCUGUAUUCCAGUGGUGCUGAUGAUUUAGGUCUUAACUUCAUUAACGAGCUCACCGUGCGGUUCUGCCAUUGUCCCAAGUGGGUGGGUCGACAAGCCUUCGCCUUCAUCUGCCAGGCUGUGGUGGAGGAAGACUGCAUGUCCAUGGAGCAGUUCAGCCAGCACCUCCUGCCCAGCCUGCUCAGCCUCUCCUCUGACCCAGUGGCCAACGUGCGUGUGCUGGUGGCCAAGGCCCUGCGACAGAGCGUCAUGGAGAAAGCCUUCUUCAAGGAAGCGGGCUGUGCCUACUCUGACGAGCUGGAGGAGACGGUGAUGGCGCUGCAGUCGGACAAAGACCGAGACGUGCGCUUCUUCGCCAGCCUGGACCCAAACAAAAGCUUGAUGGACACCGCGCCGCUCAUCUAGCCUCUACCCACCCACCGAGCUACCACCACCAUGACACCAGCACACCACGACCGGACCCCCCACCCCUCAUCCAGGAGAGGGAGACGACAAAAGGUGAUCUCGCCAUCUGGUCGGGGAAGCACACUAAAACUUUGUCUUCAGGAAAUGAGCAGGACUCGAAGUGUUUUGCAAGCAUAUCUCUCCAAAGCUAACUGUGAGCUUAACCAUGAGUAUAUUUUUUUUAACGGAGCGGGCAGGCCGGGCGGUGCUCGCCUGACUCUUGACCUCAGGGGGAUCGAACCUACACAAGCUGCCGUCUCGGGGCCACAAAAAAACAAAAACAAAAAAAAACACACCUUCCAUCUUUUUGUCCCUUCCUUUCCUGCUUAGUGCACACUUUGUGAACUCCCUUCAGCAACGUGUCAGUUUACCAAAAAAAAAAAAGAAGAAAAAAAAGUGACACGACGCCUUCUGCAGCAGGAGGCGGAUCAAAUACCUCCUUGCUGGACGUAGCCGGCCAGUGCGUGUUGUCGUCGAGCGUGGACUGCAGCAUCCUAACAAGGGCUCUGGUGAUGCAAAGAAAGCAAGCACACCCUUUUUUUUUUGUGUAUAGUCUCUCCCAGCCUUCUUGAUGGUAGCGUUGACGUGUACAGUAGCAAACAAGACUGGAAAGUAUAAAAAGGCAUCAUGUAUUCCCCACCAUGUUGCGACCUCUUUCUUCUGUGUACAGUUUUAAUGAAACCUGUGGAUAAAGUAUGAAUUAACGGAACAAAAGGCCAGUGUAGUAAAAGGUUUUAAUACCAAGAGCACUCGCCAAGUCACCCUCGUUAUGGCUCGCUUGUAAAUGAACUUUUUUUAAAAACAUCAUUGACUUGACUGAUUGUGGUGCGUUGUUGUGCAUCUUCUGUCGACUCAUCUCUCGUCUGUGUCUGCAUUUCGUGUCCAUCUUACUUUUUUUUAAUUUUUUUUUU